AUGUUUCUUCCAGAGGAUCUCCUCUUCAAGCAGGGUGCCCUUGCGCACGUCUGGCUUGCCUCGAACCAGCAGAAGAAGCUUACCAAGGCCCAAGUGCUGCAGCACAAGAUCCCAGAGAGUUGCGAGGUCAUCAUCCGGCCAGAGGUGGCUGCUGGCGGUCCACUUGCGUUGCGGUUGAACGCGCAGCUGCUUCUUGGUGAAGUGCGCAUCUACAGCAAGAAGGCGACCUACCUCCAGGAUGACUGUCAGGAAGCCUUGUGGAAGAUCAAGAUGGCCUUCCGUCCUGGAAACAUCGACAUGCCCUCUCAGACUCAUGUCGCCAACCCCACCAACCUGAUACUGCCAGACCAAAUCACCGACCUGGAUUUGUUGGCUCCCAUGCCCGACCCGUCAUUCCUUCUAUCGCAGCCGCUUGGUGGCAACCUCGAUCUUGGCAACACCACAGUCCCCGAUUGGGACAACAGCCAGUUCCUGUCCGGCAGCAUUGAACAGGCGCGCAUGGAGCCAAUGGAGCUCCCGGACGACGAUCUGAACCUGGACAUUGGGGAGGACGAUGGCUUGGAGCCAACAGUAGCCUACGACGAGGGCACCAGCAUUGAAGUCGGCCGUAACGCACCUUUGGAACGACGCCGCUCUGAGGAGUUUACCGGGCUGGGCAAGGAUCUGAUUGUGGACGACGAUGAUCUUGGUAUAGAUAUUGGCGAAGACCCUCCAACUGAACUCGCCCGCGGCCCGGAAUUCAAUCUGGACGACGACUUGGACAUCACCAUGGGUGGUAUGGAUACACCACUUCCAGCAGGCACCUCCAUUGCCGGCGACUUCCCUGUGCGACAGCGCGACGAAUCGCCCCUAUCCGAAUUGGGAGAAGAGGAGGCUACACGCCUUGAGCAAGAGGUCGCUGAGCAGAAUACUACCAUAUUCGAGCCCGAGCAAGAAGAAGAAGAGUCUAUCCAUCAAGCCCGUGCCAAGCGCAGGAGAGUGAUUGGAGCCGAUGCUGAAACCAUGAUCUCAAGUCAUCAGCUGAGGGAGCAGCAGAACAACCGCGAGAAGAUCCUCAAGCCUGCUUCGUUCCUGCCUCGCGACCCUCUUCUGAUGGCCUUGCUUAACAUGCAGAAGUCUGGAGGGUUUGUCUCAAGCAUUCUGGGUGAUGGCCGAAGUCAAGGCUGGGCUCCAGAGCUUCGAGGCAUUCUCUCUCUAGAAGUCAUUUCACGUCCAGCUCAGAAGCGCAAGCGUGACGGUGCGAACAUCGAGAGUAGUGCCACGGAGGAUGAGGCUGCAGCCGAAGGAGAGAAGACCCCUCAACUCCAGCUAGAGUUUGAGCAAGAUGAGCCAACUUUGGGCGGCGGGGACAUUGGUAUCGGCGGAGACAACGACCCCACGCUUGGAGGAUCCGAUGACAUUGUUCAACUUCCCGAUGACCCCGGCUUCCAGCAGAUUGGUGACGAGGAGGAUGUCUUCUCACCUGUUCCAGACAACUUUGACGACACAACCGCACCGCUAGUCCACCCCGAUGAAGCUGGACCAGUAUCAUUAGGCACCAAACACGCCGUCCAUUUCUUGCGGGAACAGUUCGGACCGGAAGCUGAAGAGAGCGAGUCGGAACGACAGAAGAACAGCAUCGUUUUCCAGGACGUCUUCCCAGAGGCCCGCACAUCACGAACAGACGCGACCAAGAUGUUCUUUGAGAUGUUGGUAUUGGCAACCAAGGACGCCAUCAAGGUUGAGCAGCCAGCCAACGAGCUUGGUGGCCCACUACGUAUUCGCGCCAAGCGUGGUCUUUGGGGACAGUGGGCAGAGACCGGUGCUAGUGGGGAGCUGGCAUCCCAGGCUCAAGCCACGCCUACAGGGGAUCCCGAUGCGCCUGCUGAGGCCAUCUUCCAAGGACCACCUGAGGUUUCCGUGUCCGCGUAA